GUUUAUCUACGUUACAUGGGCUGCAGGUUGUCCACCGGUGCCUUAGCUCCUGUAUCCGAUCCCCUCCUCAUCCCCCACCUUACAAACCAAACCCCCGCUCCGAGCUCUUCUCGUGGAUCCUCCCUCUGCUUAGAUAUCUUGCUACAACGGGUUCUUCUCUUUUGCUCUCACCAGUGAACUCCAGCCAUCGCUCUCCUAUCUCGGCCCACCUACGUACAUACUUCUUGCCAGAGUUCGAAACUACUACCUACCUACUCGAUCUACGUAGUUCGCUUGUCAGAUCCAAGUGCAACUCGAAGCUCAGACAGACCAGACCGCCAUCAUGUCCGUGAAGUUCGCGCCGUUCGAGUCGGCGAUCGACCUACCAUUCUACUACUCCCUUGCAUCGCAUAAGAUAGACCACGACAAGCUGGAUGACUCACCACGCCGGGUGCUGGGACAAUAUGCUCCUUGGGAGAAACAACGGAUGCAGAUCCAGGGAGAUGCCCUUGAGGUGGAUGAUGUUCCGACGGGCAUGUGUAGAGCGGAGGGCAUGAUCAAGAACUUCAAUACCAUCGAGGAGUUCAAGAAGGCCGACCGCCCAGCGAUGCUGAAGAAGUCGGCGACUACGCUCUGGGAGGCGAUACUCGACGGUACAAUCUAUGAGUGUCCAUCGUUCCUCGCUUCGUUCCUCGUCUUGUCGUAUGCGGACCUCAAGAAGUACAAGUUCCAUCACCUAUUCGCAUUCCCGGCCUUCGUCUCGUCGCCGACAUGGUCCAUGUCCGGUCCAAUCUCGCGCUUCGACGCGCAACAGACUGGUAUACUUGUCGAGGCGGUCACUACGUGGCGAUACCGCAGCGACUCGCGACAGCGGGGAUUCUUCCUGGUCAAGCGUGUGGCUGGAGAGUUCGUGAUCGGUGCGUUGGGAGAGUUUGACCGGGGCUUCUUUGAAGAUGUGGACCCGCUCGAUCGUUUUGCGGCCUUUGUUGAUCCGAGUGAAUAUGAGGAUAACCCUGGGUGGCCCCUGAGGAACCUGUUGGUGCUUGUACGCAAGCGGUGGGGCUGGAGGGAAGUUAAGGUUCUCUGCUUCCGUGAUUCCCACGCGGGACGAUCUCAGCCACGAAGCUUGAUUUUGGAUUUGAAACUAGACGGUGAUGACAUCGAACAGUUGUCUCUAAGCGACGAGAUCCCUAAGGUCGUCGGGUGGGAGAAGAAUGAGGACAACCAGAUCCGCCCUAGGAUUGCAAAUCUCAGCGCACAGAUGGACCCAAAGAUUCAAGCCGAUAUGAGCGUCGAUCUCAACUUGAAGCUGAUGAAGUGGAGGGUUGCGCCAAACCUCGACCUCAAGAAGAUCAAGGACACCAAGUGUUUGCUCUUGGGUGCGGGUACACUGGGAUCCUACGUCGCCCGUGUUCUGAUGGGAUGGGGAGUAAAGACGAUCUCGUUCGUGGACUCCGGAACGGUGUCGUUUUCCAACCCGGUUCGACAACCUCUGUUUACCUUCCAAGACUGCAUCGGUGGCAAAACAAUGAAAGCUACAGCCGCUGCCCAAGCAUUGAAAGAUAUCUAUCCAGGGGUCAACGCCACUGGCUACGACAUGACUGUGCCUAUGGCUGCGCAUCCUUUCAGCGAAGCACAGGAGCCCGUGGUGAAGCGCGAUUACGAGAAGCUGAAGGAGCUCUUUACGACGCAUGAUGCCAUCUUUCUACUGAUGGAUACUAGGGAGAGCAGAUGGCUACCGACUGUCAUAGGGAAGAGCAUGGGAAAGAUCGUUAUGAAUGCUGCACUGGGGUUCGACACCUAUGUGGUGAUGAGGCAUGGUGUCAAGCCAGCCAAGUUUGAGGCUGCCGUAAAACAGAAUGGGGAGAAGGUAGAGAAGGGCGUCGAGCUUGGUUGUUACUACUGCAACGAUGUUGUGGUUCCUGGAGAUAGCUUAACUGGAGCCACACUCGACCAGCAAUGCACCGUUACUCGACCAGGUGUUGCGCCUCUUGCGAGUGCUUAUUUGGCCGAACUGCUUGUGUCGGUUGUGCAGCAUCCUCUUGGACCUGCCGCACCCGCACCAGCUAACACCCACGAUGCCGACCGCGGUUCUCACCCUCUCGGGCACGUACCCCACACCCUGCGCGGAAUACUCCAUAGCUUCGGCAACAUCAAUGUCCGAGGCUUUGCCUACGAUUGCUGCUCCGCAUGCUCGGACAAGAUCGUCAACGCUUACGAAGAGGGCGGAUGGGAUUUCGUCAAGCGUGCGUUGUGCGAGCGUGGCUACGUAGAUGAAGUGAGCGGACUCGCCGAGGUUCAACGGCUCGCUGAGGCUGCCGAAGCUGCCGGCUGGGGAAGUGAGGACGAUGAUGAGAAUUCCAUGUAGAUUUGUUCAGCUGUGAUUGGGGCUGGGAGUAUGGAGUUUUGGAGAGCCUUUUUCUAUUCAGCUUUGAUUAAGUUUUUCUUUUGUUUAUUAUAGUAAUCGAGGCAGUUGGGUUGUUUAGUUGGUUAUUCGGUAUUUGGGUUGGCUCUGAUCAGUGACGGGUUGACGUUGGGGGUCAUGUACUUUAUGAUAACCACCACUUUGCUUCUACCGAGUACUUAUGCUACAUAUUCUGACGACUGAUGAGUCGUUAACUGGUGGUCUGUUUACGACCGCUUUCGUUUGGUAGCAGCUUGGAGUAAAGAGGCGAUGCUUGGGUGUAUUCAUUCCGCCCGUUUAUAUGUAAGUUCACGACAAC